CCUGCUGUUGCUAACGUUAACAAUCAAGGUGGUUUCGGAGGGCCCCAGCCGUUCGGUGGACAAGGCCCACAACAAUUUGGUGGACCAGGUCCCCAGCCAUUCGGUGGACAAGGCCCUCCGCCAUUCGGUGGACAAGGUCCUCAACAAUUUGGUGGACCAGGCCAACAACAAUUCGGAGGCCCUCAGCCAUUCGGUGAACAAGGCCCUCCGCCAUUCGGUGGACAAGGUCCUCAACAAUUUGGUGAACCAGGUCGCCAACAAUUUGGUGAACCAGGUCGACAAGAAUUUGGUCAACCAGGCCCUCAACAGUUCGGACCUCAACAAUCUCCCCUAGGGGUACUCGAGCCGAGCAGAAUAAGAAGAGACGUGCGAGGCACUGAAACCGGUCACGGUAUGCUGGAACUAAUUCUACGCUAA